AUCUCGCUCCAGAUGAUCUACGAGCGGCGUCUCAGGAAACAGGCCCUGAAGAAGAAAAUUUGACGUCAGCCCUCAAAAGUGAAAACUAAUUGGAAACUAAGGUCACAUCAUCUUUUGGCUUCCAGAGAGCAGAUCAGUCCAGGCAGAGCAGAGGGCACAUAACUGAGCCGAAAAACAUGGCAUACAACAAAUUCUUUAACGUUGUCCUACUUUUUCUUUGCAGCUUGGCUGUGGCGCUAACAGAAACCACUGCGUCUUGCUACAGGAUUGAGCCCGGGACAAUAGCAGGCAUCAUCCUCGCAGACGUGUUGUUGACGCUUAUCAUUGUCACUGUCACUUACCGCUGUGCCAGCUUUCGGCGCCAGAAGAUAGACAAUGCUGACAAAGUGUACAUGAAUGUCCGGGCCAACUGCCAGAGCUAAUCCAAUGAUGGUGGAGUACAUUAUGAAAUUAUAUUCACAUUUUUAGAUCCUGCUUUCUUAAAAUAUAUUACAAAAUGUCAUAAAAGAUUAAUUGAACUGUUUUUACAUUCAGCAAUAAACACAAGGAGAGUGUCUUUCAAACAUCAGUUUUUUGCUUAGCUCAUUACACAUACAAUAAACACAGUCAUAACUCUUAGCCCAUAGAAACCAUUUUAAAGUCAUUUAACUAUUACUACUCUUGAACUAUUAUGUAGAAUGCACUGGAGCUACAAGUGUCUUAGUGUCCUGUAUAAAAACCUUUAAAACCUGCAUAAAGAAUCUUUUCCAUUCAGUCGAGCUGUGUGCUUGUGCUCUUCAGAUAUCUACCAGAAGCUAUUUUGUAAAAUAUGCUUUUAUUAUCAUAUAAUUUUAAUAUUAAAAUAUACAGUUAAAGGUGUAUCGCGCUGUUCAAUAAAAACUUAACAUGUGUGAAUCAUAUUCACCAACCUUGUGAAUAAAAUAUCUCUGAAUGCUAUUCAUGUUGGCACUGUAACUAAACCAUAGAGCAUCCUCAGGAGCUGACUUUUGGUAGCAAAAUGUCUAUAUACUGUAUUUUAACAAGCCCUGAAGAUUUUAAUGUAUGUAAUUAUUUCCAUUAUAAAAAGCAGUAUUGAUAUGAGUGAUUUUAA